UGCUGGGGACAUCUGGAGACGUUCACACGCCUUUCGCCACUAAAGGACACAUGACGAGGGUUCAUGCGUUACGGGUCUGAACUGGCAAUGAUGCAUUAUCCUCCUCUCUCUUGAGAAGAUUAAACGAGUCUCGUUUUCAACAAGGAAAAAAUUAGGAAAAAAAGGAUCUUGUGCUUUUACCUUCUUGAUGCAUUGUCCUCUCUCUCUCCCUCCCUCCUGGGAAGAUUAAACGAGUCUCAUUUUCAGCGAGAAAAUAAUAGAAAAAGGGAAGGAUCUUGCGCUCUCAUCUUUACCUUCUUGGUUCUCACUCACUCUCUCUCUCUCUCUCUGUCUACCCUUCUCAGUGCGCUGCCUAGUGUUGGGCGCUGGCUUAAAUAAACCAAAAAGUUUGUUCUCGGAGAGAGAAACAGAAUCUACCCAGAAAGAGAGAGAGAGAGAGAGAGAGAGAGAGAGAGAGAUUCGUUUGGAGGGGCCUGAUUUGGGACAACCCACGACGAUCUGUGUUGGGGGGAGGAGACCUUUUUAAUCAAUCAUGCCAUCGGGCUCGAAGAGGAGAAAAGCUGCCAAGAAAAAGAAGGAAAGGCAGGCACCAAUCAGUGAUCCUUCCUCCACCAACACCAACAGCAGCAACGCUCAAGAAAAUGAUGAAGUGAGGAGUCAGGAUGAGAAAGACAGCGAAGGUGGAGAGCCCAAUUCCCCUGGAUCCCAUGACCACCAUGGUCCAUUCAACGGGGGGAGUGAAGAAUUGGGAAAGAGUGAUUCAUUGCCUGUUGCAUCGGCUGAUGUUGAGAACAAGCCAGUGUACAUACCUGUUGAUUCUGAUGCUGCGCAAAAGAUUGAAAUAGAGGGCAAUGGUGGAGUCGAAACAGUUAAGGACGUGAAGUUUGAAGAUGAUUCUCCCAUUCCCAUUGAGUGUGUCGAGCCUGGAAAGAGUGAUCCAUCGCCUAUUGCAUUGGCUGAUGUUGAGAACAAGCCAAUGGACAUACCAGUUGAUUCUGAUGGUGUGCGAAAAAUUGGAGUAGAGGGCAAUGGUGGAGUCGAAACUGUUAAGGAAGAGAAGUUUGAUGAUGAUUUUUCCAUUCCCAUUGAGUGUGUUGAGCCUGGGAGUGAAGAAUUGGGAAAGAGUGAUCCAUCGCCUGUUGCAUCGGCUGAUGUUGAGAACAAGCCAGUGGACAUACAAGUUGAUUCCAAUGCUGCGCAAAAGGUUGGAGUAGAGGGCAAUGGUGGAGUUGAGACUAUAAAGGAACUGAAGUUUGAAGAUGAUUUUCCCAUUCCCAUUGAGUGUGUUGAGCCUGGGAGUGAAGAAUUGGGAAAGAGUGAUCCAUCGCCUGUUGCAUCGGCUGAUGUUGAGAACAAACCAGUGGACAUACAAGUUGAUUCCAAUGCUGCGCAAAAAGUUGAAGUAGAGGGCAAUGGUGGAGUUGAAACUAUAAAGGAACUGAAGUUUGAAGAUGAUUUUCCCAUUCCCAUUGAGUGUGUUGAGCCUGUGAAGGAACAACAUUAUGAGGGCACCGAGAAAUCCAGCAUCAUUAGGCCUGAUGGUGAGUCUCUGGUCACUGAUGAGGAAAAGUUUGGAGUUGAAGAAGGAAGCAAAAAUUUGGAAAUGACUGAGUUUGAAGAUUUGGAAAAGCCAGGUGAAUCUUUGCCUCAAAAGUUGACCAAAGUGAUUGAUGGUGGCCUGGAUGAGGGUGUAAAUGUGGCUGAACCAGUGGUCUCUCUGUCCCAGAAAGUUAUUGACUUCAUGGAAGCUGCUCCAUCAGAAAAUAAAGCAGAUUUUGGACUUAAUUCUAGGGGAAAAGAGGACUUGUUGACCUCAAUAGAUGAGGUCCAACAAGUUGCACCCAAUGGGUCUGCAUCAAACAAUGUUGGGGCUAAAGUGUUUCCUUUGUCAGUUGACAAUUCUGGAGUUGAAUCUGGUGCCGUAACUUCUUUCUCAAAAGAAAAGGAUGGUGAAUUGUUGCCAUCUUCAGGAGUUUUGGUUACUCAGACUCACAAUGGCACAGAGAAGGCCAAGAAUUUUGAGGUUUCUGAAUUGAACAAUGGGUUGGAGUCUGCAUCAAAUAAUGUUGGGGCUAACAUGUUUCCUGUGUCAGUUGAAAAUUCUGGAGUUGAAUCUGGUGCUUUAACUUCUGUCUCAAAAGAAAAGGAGGGUGAAAUUUUGGCAACUCGAGGAGUUUUGGUUGCGCAGACUCAUAGUGGUACAGAGAAGGCCAAGGAUUUUGAGGUUUGUGAACCAAACAAUGGUUUGGAGUCUGCAUCAAACAAUGUCAGGGCUGAAGUGUUUCCUGUCACAGUUGAAGAUUCUGUCAUUGAAUCUGUUGCUGUAGCUUCUGUCUCUAAAGAAAAGGAGGGUGAAUUGUUGCCGCCUUCAGGAGUUCUGGUGUCUCAGACUCAUAAUAGUACGGAGAAGGCCAAGGAUUUUGAGGUUUGUGAAUCCUCUGAGGACCAGCCAUUGGUGGCGCCGGCUCCAAGAAUUGUGGAAAAGACAUCCUGGAUGAGCUGUUGUGGACUAUUUGAUAUCUUCAUGGGCUCCAGUAGAUGACUAAAGAGUUACAAUAUCACCGAACCUUUAGGCAAGGGAUGAAGUGUGGGAAAGCUAGGAAUGAUUUUGUUUGAAGUUCAGGAGGUUUCAUCUUGAAGACAAUCCUAGGUUUCUCCUUUACCUGAUAGACCUGACUGAAAUAAGAAAAAAAAAAAAAGCCAUUUUUGAGUCUUGUGCUGGGAAUUGCGUCGACUUUGUCAAAGCCUUGGCUGGUCCUUGUCGGCAGUUCACUUUUUAUUUUUUAUUUUUUAAUAUAUGAAUUUUGCAUUUUGUUUUUUUUUUCCCUUGAAAUCGUGUGCUGUGUCUGUCCUUUUUCCUUUCUGUGGUAUAGGGCCAUUACAUAGAAGAGGAGGAUGUUUUGUGUAUGGGAUAAGGUUAAUUAGAACUUUAUAAUGGGUAUCUAUGAGUUCUGAAAUUGGAGGACAGGAUUUCAGGAUUCGCACUGUGCGACUUCUUUCGGAAUAAUUUCGCCUUCCCUUAGCCAA